UCCUGCCGCCCCGUGCCCCGUGCCCCGUGCCUCGUGCCCCGUGUCUCGUGUUUCGUGUCUGCUGCCGGCCAGCGCCGCCAUGGAGCGCCUGGACAAAGCGGCUCUGAACGCCCUGCAGCCGCCCGAUUUCAGGAGUGAAAGUUCCUUAGCAUCAACUCUGAAGACGCUGCUGUUCUUCACGGCCUUGAUGAUCACGGUUCCCAUUGGCCUGUACUUCACCACCAAGUCGUACAUAUUUGAAGGCGCCUUGGGCAUGUCCAAUCGGGACAGCUAUUUUUAUGCUGCCAUUGUGGCCGUGGUUGCUGUUCACGUGGUGCUGGCUCUCUUUCUGUACGUGGCGUGGAAUGAAGGCUCACGCCAGUGGCGCGAAGGCAAACAGGAUUAAAGAGGACACCACCUUUGGAUAACACGCAACCAGUUCUUGUAAAAUGCAAAUGCACUUGGGGGUUGUGGUGGCUGUAAUAAACUUGAGAGAAUGUGGCAUGUUUGACUAGCAUCGGUGUGGGCCCUUCUCCCCCAUGCUUUGUAGAAUCCGUUUUGACUUGAUAAGCCUCUUGCUGAUAAGAGUUUGGAAACCAUAAACGAGUUCCACGUAGUUCCGGGAAGAAUUGUAUUCUCUUACAACAAAGCUGAGUUUUAAUAGCAUUUCCAUCUUUUUGCUAUUUACUCUUUAUCAUUUCCAUCUUAUAAAGUUGGUUUUGCCUAGUACUCCUCUGGAUAUCUUUAGAGUUGACAGAGAAGCAACUCCAGACUAUGUUUUACACUGGAACAUUUUUUUCCCAAGCUCAUGAAAAGCAGCAGGCCAUUGUUUGUUUGUUAUUGUGAAAUUUCCUAGAAAAAGUUGUUUAAAUUGUAGACACUGGAAUUGUUCAACGUGCUGCUGAGGAAUUCUGCAUAAAGCAUACUUCCUCGUCAAUGGGAUUCUUGCUGUAUAUGAUUCUUCUAGGGAUACUCAGUUUCCCCUGCACCUUCCUGAUAAGAGGACUCUAGUUUAUCCAAAGCCACAGAGCACAAAGCAGUUCCCGGCUCCUUAUUGUCAGAUGGUCCUUGAGAUCCUGCCUUCAGUGUACCUUUGCCAGCCAUUUGGUGUGUGCGACCUAAAACCACGCCCUGCCGUUACUCCCGUCUGAUUCUCAGUAAUGCAGAGGGCCGAGGAGGGUUGCUCGCUAGGGUUAUUGAGACGAUAGAUUUUUAGGGGGAGUAGGAACAUCUUUCUGAAAUCUAAACACAAAGGCCCCCAGCCUCAUCCCCCAAAAAGGGUGUCUUUCAUAAUCUGUUUACUGUAGAACAUCAGAAGAAUGCAUGUUACAAAGUGAAGAAAAUUUGAUUUCCCCAAAUUGUGCCACCUGGAGUAGAUGACUGCGUGUGAUGGCUUUGCCCAUCUUCUCAUUGUUUAAUUAGCCAUUACGUUAUUCACAUGGUCACCAUGUCAUGGGGCGCCCUCACCCAGUGGCCCUUUCUGACAUAUCUGCCAUUCCUGAAGGGAGGGAGAGAGGCCGAGGCCUAAAAGUCAAGUUGGCAUUCAUGUUUAUUUCAUGAUUGAGAGAAAGAAGAAUCUGAUUAUUGUAGUACUAUUUUUCUUGUUUCCGUUCAAUGUUGUGUGGAAUUUAAAUCUCUUCUUUAAGCAGUUCCUUGGAAUGUCAUGUGUUUUAAUAAAAAAGGACUACUGUAGUAGUCUGAUGACCUUUG